AUGUCCGCAAAUGUUUACACCGAAGAAACGGAAUCGCAACCGUCAAUUUACCGCUCAUACUUGCGUUUGGCCCCCACCCAGCAGAGGACCGUACGUGCGUUGGUCAGGAGUGGGAGUAAGUCGUCUUCAUACUACACAUUGUUCGACGAAGACGCAAUAUUAGCAGCAGAAAUAGUGUACUCUUCACACUCUGUAUUAAAAACGUCUCCAUUGAUUGCCCAUCCAAAGGAUUUGGACAAGAAAGUGUGUGUCCAGUACUUGCCGCUGUCCGAGCAGAUUUUUUCCUCUUUGCUACAGACUCUAAUUCUAAAUAAAAACUACAAGGUGGAAAUCCAUACAGUAGAGGAUGGGAAAAAUAGCACAUGGAAAUUAUUGAGAUCGGCAUCCCCGGGCCAUUUGGAUGAGAUCGAAGACUUAAUUUUUGCAUCGUCGUCGAUCAUUGGUGCACUGAAGCUGAUUUCUUCUGCGAAGGAAGGUAAAAAAGUCGGAUUGGCAUUUUAUGAUCCAAAUUUGAAAUUCCUGGGUCUUUCGGAGUACCCGGACACGGAUUUGUUUUCGAAUACUGAAUCGAUUUUGAUCCAGCUCGGUAUCAAAGAGUGCAUAAUCCAAUCUUCUCCAAAUCAAACGGCAUCGAAAGAUCCUGAUUUUGCAAGAUUGACUCAGACGAUAGAUAGAUGUGAUAUCCUAAUCACCCAGCUGCCAUCGUCGUCUUUCAACUCUAACAAUUCUGACCAGGACUUGGUAACACUUACCAACAACGAGCAUAUUCUAGCCACCUCCGAGCUUGCAUCAAUGACGACAGCUUUGGCAUCGUCUAAUGCGCUAAUACUAUACUUGGGUCUCUUGGGAAACGAUUCCAUCAGGGGUUCCAUUAGUGUGGGCAAAUAUGAUCUUGACAAAUACAUGAGAUUGGAUGCUGCUGCUGUACGUGCGUUGAACUUGUUCCCAAGCGGUCUAGAAAACACAUCUACGGUUGUCAAUACCACCGGCAUCUCUUCUGCACCUACGUCGAUUUUCCAACUUCUCAACCACUGUAAAACGUCUGGAGGUUCUAGGCUAUUGUCACAGUGGAUAAAGCAGCCUCUAGUAGAUGUCAAAGAGAUUGAUGAUCGCCACCUUCUUGUCGAAUGGUUUGUUCAGAACCCAGGAUUGCUCGGCAAUAUCAGAAGCAACUUUUUGACGCAUGUUCCCGAUGUCUCGAGAUUGUUGAGAAAGCUUUCGGGGAAAAGAUAUUCAGGCCUCGAUGAAGUUGUGCGUUUGUAUCAAUUGGUUAAGAAGUUAGAUGAAGGUUGCACCAUUCUGUUGGAAGGGCUCGAGGAGCUACAAACAGCUGACGAAGACAAGAAAAAGAGGGUAUCAGAACUAGUCAACUUUUUUUGGUUAGAUGGAUUGUACGAGCACAUGAAGGUUUUGGGUAAGUUUGCAGAUAUGGUGGAGCAAACUGUAGAUUUGGAUUCCCUUGCGAAUGCCACGUCUGCAGCGUCUGCUUCCUCCUUGAUCCAGAUCAAUCCACAAUACGACAAAAGACUUAUGGAACUGCAGGAAGAGCGUGAAAAGAUCGAGCAAGAAAUGCAUGUUUUACACGAGAAUGCAGCUAUUGAUUUGGGUAUGGAACUAGACAAAAAGCUCAAGCUGGAGCAGAACGUCAACCACGGUUGGUGUUUCAGACUCACGAGGAACGAUGCAGGGGUUCUACGUGGGAAAUCGAGCUCAUCAAAGAGCAAGAAUCCUUCGUCGUCACAAUAUCAAGAGCUACAGACAGUCAAGGCCGGGGUCUUUUUCACUACCGUGGAGCUCUCGUCGCUGUCUUCUGAGUUUACGAGGAUCAUGAAUGCGUAUGCAUCCCAACAGUCUGCGAUUGUCUCCGAGAUUCGGUCGAUCACUGCUACGUACAUUCCAAUAUUCACCAAGCUCUCGACAGUGCUCGACAAGCUUGACGUGAUCUCCUCCUUUGCUGUGGUUGCCACGUGUGCUCCCGUGGAGUACAUCAAGCCGGCGAAGGUUUGGGGCCUCGAGGAGCAGGGGAGACAGAUGCGGAUAUCGCAGGGGAGACACCCGUGCUUGGAGGUGACCGAGGGUAUUUCGUUCAUUCCAAACGACUACGUUUUGGGUCCAGCUCAGGAGAAGGGGAAGGAUUUCUACCUGAUCACGGGGCCGAAUAUGGGCGGAAAGUCGACAUACAUCCGGACGCUUGGAGUUGUCUGUUUGAUGAACCAGAUCGGUAGCUUUGUACCGUGCUCGGAGUCCUCUGAACUAGCCAUUGUCGAUGCGAUCCACGCCCGGGUCGGGGCGUCGGACUCGCAGUUGAAGGGUGUCUCGACCUUCAUGGCGGAGAUGCUCGAGAUGUCGUCGAUCAUAGCGUCUGCACACAAGGGCAGUCUUGUCAUCGUCGACGAGUUGGGCCGGGGCACGAGCACGUACGACGGCUUUGGGCUUGCGUGGGCAAUCAGCGAGCACCUGGCGAAGAGCAUCAAGUCGUGGACGCUCUUUGCGACGCACUUCCACGAGCUGACUGCUCUGGCGAACGAGUAUGAGAACGUCGGCAACCUCCACGUCAUUGCGCACGUCGACGAGGCCGCCCCAGAGAAGGACGCCCGCGAGACAGAGGACAACGUCACGUUGUUGUACAAGGUCGAGCCUGGCAUCAGCGACCAGUCCUUCGGCAUCCACGUUGCCGAGCUUGUCAAGUUCCCACAGAAGAUCAUCAACAUGGCCAAGCGCAAGGCGUACGAGCUCGACGAGGACGCCGGCGACCAAGCUGCCGACGCGGCUAAAAGGCCCCGCUACAGCAAGGAGGAGUACGCACAGGGAAAGGAGCUGCUCAAGAAGAUUCUCAAGGAGUGGAAGAAGCAGGUGCUUGACGCCGGCGGUCUUGAGAGCGUCGACAGCGCCGCCGCCGUGCGCAUACUCCACGACCUCACCACUACGGGCGAGUACGCCGCCGCAGUUGCUGCCAGCGAUGUUCUCCGCGACACCAUGCGUCUCUGA